AACAUGUAGUUGGAUUCAAACAAAAAAAAAGAAAAUGUAAAUAUUGUAAGAGUCAAAUUAAUGAUGCUCUUAGAGCUGCACAUACACAUUUUCAAAACUGUAAUUUAGUUACAUUAAAGCAAAAAAAAAAUUAUUUUGGAGAUUCAUAUAAAGAUGAAAAUGAUAGUAAUAUAUCUAUAAAUAUACCUGAUACUUCUAGUCUAGUUGUAUUAACAUCUGAAUCCACUUUAGUUGCAUCUACUGGUACUUCUACUUUUAUUGCAUCAACUUCAUCUAUGUCUAAUAAAAAAGUAUCUACUAAAAAUACAAGUAAAAUCUGA